UCUCCUGCACCCUCGCUUCGCUUCUCUGUUUGCACAAGAUGUCGGCUAUUUACUGUGGUUGGGGAAUUUCCGUAUUAGGGUUCCGGCGAGGUUCAUCCGAUCCUAUAGAAGCUCAUCCCCUCCAACAUUUCGCUCGCCUUUCACCCUCUCGACACCUCGGAAGGUUGGCAGAAGCUACAGGAUUAAAAUUGAAGAAACAUGGUGUUCUGAAAAUAUCUGCUUCUGGUUCCAACCCACCUGAUUCCAAUACCAGCAGAGAACGCAAAUGCAGCAGCAGCUCGUCUGGAUCUGAUCCCCCACUUCUCACUAUCUUAGCCGGACUUGUGAUUUUCCUCCUUGUUUUGGUGGCUCUAGCCUCCAUUUUCCUCUGGCUUCUCGGCUUAAUUCUCCAUCCACCGAGCCGCUAGUCUCUCUCAUCAAUCAUCAAUGUACUCUCUCUCUCUCUCUCUCUCUCUCUCUCUCUCUCUAGCAUUAUUGUAAUUUAUUUCAAAACAUGUUUGUCAACUUAAGCCUUAAUUUUGCCCAAGUCUUGAAUGAAAUUCGACGUAAAACUUCGAUUUAUUAAA